GUUCCACUUCCGUGUUGAUAAAAGUGCUGUAUAAUAAUCACCUGUUAUUUAUUGAUGAAGAAGCCGGCGGGAAAGACAGAAGACAUAAUGGCGGACACUGCAGAAAAUGCUCCCCUGGUUGAGGGAAACCUUGCUGGCAGUGCUGAUGCUCUGGCGACACAAACAAGACCCAGAGGAGGCUCCAACAGCUGCGCCCUGAAGGUGGCAGGCCUGACUACGCUGGGGUGCCUGCUGGUGGCCAGUCAGGUGUUUGUGGCCUACAUGGUGUUUGACCAGGGGCGGCAGAUUCAAACGCUGCAGAGGAACGCUGACAAAAUGACAAGGCAGCUGCAAGCACCUCAAGGGGUUCCAAUAAAGAAGCGUGUGCCAGCAAACGGACACCCUUUGAUGAAUUCGUUUUUGGAAGCAGACGCAGCAGUAUCCCUUCCUGAGCCCAAAGCACCUGCGGAACAGGAAGAGAAGCACAGUGUGUCUGCGGCCGUCAGCGUGGAGGAAAUGAUGAGUCUAAUGGAGGAGAACUUUGAGUUGCCAGAGUUCAAUGACACCAUAUUUGGGAACCUGCAGAGCUUGAAGAAACACUUGAACCACAGCAACUGGAAGAGCUUUGAAUCGUGGAUGGGCAACAAUAUCCUCUUCCAGAUGGCCCAGCUCAAGGCAGUGUCCCCCAUUGCGUCACCCAUCAAGACCAAGUGUCAAAUGCAAGCCGAAGCCGGCGGCAGCCAGCUCUCUUCUUUCCGCCCCGCGUGUGACCAGCAGGGCCGCUACCUCGCCACUCAGUGCUGGCGCGCCAUCGGUAUGUGCUGGUGUGUGGACGUGGACACCGGCGAUGCCAUGGAAGACACCGUCACACCGGACCGCGACCCUGACUGUAGAGUUGUGAUGGAUGAUUGGGAUUGAUGGACUGGAGGAUGGUGCUAAACAUUAGGUAUGGUUCAUCAUCUUUCUUGUCAUCUGGUGGAUGUUUGCCUAAUGAAUCAUUUAGGCUCAUAAGCUCUUUAACUAACCAAUACAUAUUCUGCUAAUCAACACUCUAUGAUGUGGUACUGCUUGUCAUACAGCAAGCAUCCAAACAUACCACUGAGUUUCUAAGAGAGUUUGUCUUCUACAGUAAAAAAAAAUAAAAAAAUUAUAACAAAAUAAAAAAAAUCCCAAUCUCGUCUUUUCAGCAGGAUUUCAUGCAUUUUGCAGCCACGUCGUUAGGCAAUCCGUUUUAUGAGCGUCAAUGUUAGACAAUCAAUAAAUGGUCACUUUACUGAUUUAAAACUAUAACGUCUACCGUAUUUUUCGGAGUAUAAGUCGCUCCGGAGUAUAAGUCGC